GGGUGGCCCAUAUCAUCCAUUCAUGGAUAUCUUAUCUGUUAUCUGAGAGCAAGGCAAAAAAGUACAAGGGUGUUUUCAGCGGUAAAAGUAGCGCAGAUUCCCAAGGGCAGAGUUCGCCCCACGGUUGUUCUCUGGCUGCGAACGCAUUUGAAUCGAGGGCGGGCAGCGGCGGUCGUUGACAGCACUAUAUGCGCACAUCUCUCUCCAGCCAGGAGGUCGCGAAGCGUGGGCGGUGAACAUGGCGGCUUCCUAAGAACAUUACACAAAUUGUUUAUACAUCCGAAAGUCGAGAAUUGGUGUCUUCUCUUUCUCGCAAUUUGGUAUUCGUCAAAUAAGUAAACAAUGAGAACCCUUGCAUUUUUGACUAUAUUAGUAGUGUGUAUGAACGUGGCCUUAGGUGGUGAAGACUUUUAUCAGCUUUUAGGAAUUGCUAGAGAUGCAAAUAAUAGAGAAAUUAGGAAAGCUUUCAAGAAGCUUGCAGUAACUCUUCACCCAGACAAAAACCAGGAUGAUGAAAACGCCCAUGAAAAAUUUAUAAAGUUGACUCGGGCAUAUGAAGUUCUGAAAGAUGAAGACCUUAGAAAGAAGUAUGAUCUUCAUGGUGAAGAUGGUUUGCCCGGGUCCAAUAAGAAACAACAACCUCAAUACCACAGUUACACAUAUUAUCGUGAUAAUUUUGGAAUAUAUGAUGACGACCAAGAAAUUAUUACCUUGACCAAGGCUGAUUUCCAGCAAAGUGUUUUGAACUCCAACAGUUUGUGGUUUAUUAAUUUUUAUUCUCCUAUGUGCUCACAUUGUCACGAUUUGGCUCCUGUUUGGAGAGCUCUCGCGAAAGAAAUGGAGGGUGUUCUAAGAUUUGGUGCUGUCAACUGUGAGGAUGAGUGGCAACUGUGUCGUCAUUUAAAUAUAAGAUCCUACCCAUCUUUGUAUAUUUAUCCAAGUCGGUGGAAAUAUAGUGAUGAACGUUCUCUACCUGAGCUCCGCAAAUUUGUCCUAAGUAAACUAAAAACUAAUUUAAUUCACAUUCGAAGCAAUCAGUGGAUUAAUCUUUUAAAGUCUGAUAUAAACAAAGGGCUGUCAUGGGUUCUGUUCCUGUGUGGAGGACAGCAGUUUGAAGACUGCCCCUCCUCUGAAACCAGGCUGAAAGUUGGCUCCAUAUUGGAAGGGCUUGCUGGGCAAGGGUCAAUUGAUUGUGAUGCAGAUGUUGAGUGGUGUAGAGAAAUGAGCCCCUCUGGAGCAAAUAUUGUGUUCUGGAAAAGAGAAGGUGGAAUGGACUCGAUUGAAGGGCGUUAUUAUGAUAUAAGCAGCCAUGAUGCUCAGGAAGUAACUACCUAUAUUUUUGAUCUCUUGCCUAACCCUGCAGAUCUUGACGAAGAAGCUUUUCAGGAGAUACAUGCCCAACUGUCUUUAGAUUCAUCAUCAUCAUGGCUAGUUUACUUCUACAUUGGAUCACCUGACGAACAAACUAAAGAACUGAAAAAACUACCAUCACUUUUACCAACCUUAAGAAUAGGUCGUGUACAUUGUGGGCGCCACUCUACUCUCUGCACGAAGUGGCAUGUUCAUCGGUACCCAAUGUUUGCUGUGUUAAAGCCUGGAGGGAAGUUUGAGGUGUACCAUGGUAGAGAGAGUGCUCAUGAUGUGGCUAAUUUUGCUAAGGAUAGUAGUUCUGCUCCGAACUUGCACACAUUAUCAUCUGAGGAUUUUCCUGAUGUGCUGCAUAAGUCUGAUGGAUCGAAAAGUCCCUGGUUUGUUGACUUUUAUGCACCAUGGUGUCCACCCUGUAUGCAACUACUACCUGAGCUACGUAAAGCUAGCAGAGAGUUUGAGGACUCUGUUAAUUUUGGCACUGUGGACUGUACCAUUCAUUCAAGCCUUUGCCAGCGCUACAACAUUCAUGCCUAUCCCACUACAAUGUUCUUCAACCACAGUGAGUCGGAGCCAUUCAGAGGAUCUCAUACUGCCCAUGAAAUAACAGAGUUUAUUCAAGAAAUGUUAAAUCCUACUGCUAUUAAACUGUCAGAAAAAGACUUUUAUGAAAAAGUUGGAAACAAAAGCACUGAAGAGCUGUGGCUUAUUGACUUUUAUGCCCCAUGGUGUGGAGCAUGUCAGGAAUUAGCUCACCAAUGGAGAAAACUGGCAAAGAUGGUUACAGAAGUCCCAAAUGUAAAUAUUGGUCAGGUGGACUGUACUGUUGAGAGACUCUUGUGUCAACAUCAAGGCAUUCGUUCAUAUCCAACUAUUCGGCUUUACCCCUUCAAUAGUUUUGGCCUUAACACUGUGGCCAUUUACAGUGAUUAUAAUAGGGAUGCUUGGUCCAUUCGCUUAUGGCUUUUCACAUUUUUACCCACUUCAGUAGUGGAGCUGACACAAGAUACAUUUGAAAAUCGAGUUCUUCAUAGUGAAAAGCCUUGGUUAAUUGACUUCUACACUCCAUGGUGUGGGCAUUGUCAGCAUUUUGCCCCCGAAUUCCAGAUGUUGGCUUUGAAACUUGAAGGCAAAGUGAAAUGUGGAAAAGUGAACUGUGAUGCUCAUCCAGAGACAUGCCGCAAAGCUUAUGUUCGUGCUUACCCAACUGUCACUCUCUAUUAUCCCAAUACAAUCUAUCCCGAUCAAGGAGAAGAGAUCAAUUCCCAAAGAUCAGACCAAAUUCUAAGACAUGUGAACAAAGUUCUUUUAAGUUUGGGAGCAGAACCCACUCAUGACGAACUCUAAAACUUAUUAAUCUAAUCUUAAGCUUAAACAGCAAAUAUCACAAUUUACUUUUGCAUCAACAAAUAUUUUUAAAUCAUGAAACAUCUUGUCAGAUGGUACUGUCUGUUUUUCUGUAAAAUAUUUGCAGCAUUUAAAAAAAAAAUCUUUUUUAGUCCCCAAUGUCAUCUGCACCUCAGUUUUGUUGGGCUUCUAUUGUUCUCUCUCUUAACAUUUUUGUUUUGCAUAUCAUUUUUGUAGUGCCUUUGUAGUUAUAUUUAUUUCUGGAGCAUUUUACUGCUCAGUUUUAGUCAUUUUUACUUCAUAAUAUUCCUAACAGUGAUAACCAUGAAAAAUGUUGUGUUUUAAUAAUGUAAAAUGUUCAAAAUGUUUUGAAACAUACAUUUCCCACUUUUUUGUUGACUUUUAAGAUCUUAGGUGUAAUUUAAAAUGUGAUCAUUCUAGAAUUAUAAUUGAUGUGUGUUUAUUUUUUUAUUGAGUGUUCACUGCUCUUUGUGAUCUUUGUAUGACAGUGUGUAUAUGUUCUUGUGUAUUGAUCUACCUACUUGUGGAUUUAUGUGCCCACUAUUUGUGCAAAUCAUGCAACUACUCAUUGUGUCAUUUUAAAGUAAUAUGUUCUAUGAUUUUCAUUUAUACAUAUACAUUCAUUGCCAUUGUUAAUUAAUGUUAGUACUUACAGUAGCUUAACAUACUCAAAUUCCGAAUAACCAGGUGAUAAGGGAGGUAAUAAAAGAGGGGCAGUAAAGUAACUAUAUAUAAUACAAAAAUGUCUAAACAACUAGGCUCUUGGUUAAAACAGAAAUGGUCCAAACCGUUUUCAUUGCCAAUUUUUUUUGUUUUUUGUUUUUUGGUGACAUGAGGGAGGAGAGGUGUAUUGUCUCAUGGAAGCAGUUUAUGAAUGUGCACCAAAAUAUUCAUGUUAUGUGAAAAUCAAUGUAAAAUAGUUCAAGCUUGUUUUGAGCAUUGUCACAAUUCAGGUGGACUUGGACGAGGGUGGAAGUAAGUGCUAACAGUGGAGUUUUUCUGAGUAAUAGGCUACUUUUAUUUUGCCAAAUCAGGCUCCUACCCACAAUUUAAGUGUCCCUGUUUUUUUUUUAAUGAACAAUGAUCUGGAAAUCAAUAAAUAUUCCACAUUCUGGA